UGCAUAACUUAUUUGAAAGAUAACUGAGAGAAGGGUUAAGUCAAUAAAUUAGAUACAUUUACCCUAAUCUCUUUCUCUCAAUAUCAGGCUCUCAGCCAUUAAUGAUUCAACAAUUAACCAGCCACCGUGAGAUCGACGGCUUCCUCUUCAUCAACAACACUCUCCUUUUUUUCCCGUCAUCAACACUUCAACAGCUUUCUCUCCAGUCUUCACUCUUCAUCAACAGCGCUUUCCUUUUUUUCCCCAUCAUCAACGGCAUCCUUUUCAGUCUUCACUGAAUCAUUAUUCAUCAACAGUUUUGUCGUGGUAAAAAAAUCAGAGCUAGAAUGAAGAAAAUGGAGAUCAAACAUUUGGAUAAGCAUUUAUGCUAACUUGUACCUGCCACUGCCAGGCUAUUUGCCAUCAGCCAACUCUAUUUUGUCUAGCUCUGCAGCAGAAGCAUUAUUAAUUAUAGCCUUUUUUCCUUAGUUUGAUAGUCUCAUUUUUUUUAUAACGUCGAUAAUGCCAUUCCCAAUCAUCUUUGAUUGUUACAUAUACAGUCUCCGUGAGUCCACCACCAGCUAACACAAAAACUAACAUCAACGCUGCCUCCUUCUCUACAGACCAUCCCUCUCGCCAUCAUAAAAAAGACCCAACCAGAACACAUCUCCAUCGUGUUCGGCCCGCCAGCAGCCGACUGCACCUCGCGGUUGCUGCACGAGGCCGUCAUCUGCGAUCACCGGCCUGAAGGUUCUGGCUUUUCUAAGAAAGGAGAAAGAAGUCGUCAAAUUAGGGUAUCAGAGAACAAGGAAGAAAGAAAUGGAAUUUUGCCCAACAUGUGGGAUGCUAUUGCGAUAUGAGACGCCAAAUAUGGGGCAAGCAGCUAGAUUUUAUUGCCCUACCUGUCCCUAUUUCGCUUCGAUUGAGAGCAGGGUUAAGAUAAAGAGAAAGCAAAAGCUUGCUAAGAAAGAAAUUGAACCUAUUUUCACCCUCGAGGACAUGAAGACAGGCGGUGCUGAAACUGAUGCAACAUGUCCCCAUUGCAACUUCGGAAGGGCCUGUUUCCAGCAGAUACAGAUUAGAUCAGCUGAUGAGCCAGCAACAACAUUUUACUUCUGCUUGAAUGAGAAGUGUGGGAGGAUGUGGCGUGAGGACUGAGGACAGCAGCCUGUCUUAUAAACCUCACAAAUUACACGCACAUCUUCACAUGUCUCGAGUUUCCAUCCUCAGAUGCUUCAAAGUUUUCCAGUUAGCACGUUUUUGUGUACAAUGUUACAGAUUUGAGACAUCAGUUUAGACAGGAGAAGCUGCUAAAAAUGUUCCAACUUCCAAGCAAACAGCUUAGCUUUUAGGUUCUUUUCUCUUGAUUAAUCCCGGAGUUUUUUCUUUUCUUCAGGGUUCUCCUUGUUUCGGGCUUAUUUAACAUGAAUAAAAAUAAUUACUUUUCAACUUAAACAAA